ACACAGCCACUAGGGGCGGUAAAGAAGAGUAAACGUGAUGCGGCGCCGGAAGUCGAACAUAAACAACCAUUAACGGCAUAAUGGCGCCGCUGGAUUUGGAUAAAUAUGCGGAGAUUGCUAAGCAGUGCAAAUAUCUCCCAGAAAAUGAUCUCAAGAGGUUGUGUGAUUAUGUGUGUGAUCUUCUGCUGGAGGAGUCCAACGUUCAGCCCGUUUCCACCCCUGUGACGGUGUGUGGAGACAUUCAUGGACAGUUUUAUGAUCUUUGUGAGCUGUUCCGAACCGGCGGCCAGGUCCCAGACACAAACUACAUCUUCAUGGGUGACUUUGUGGACCGAGGGUAUUACAGUUUGGAGACAUUCACAUAUUUGCUGGUGCUGAAAGCCAAAUGGCCAGACCGCAUCACACUGCUGCGUGGAAACCACGAGAGCAGGCAGAUCACACAAGUGUAUGGUUUUUAUGAUGAAUGCCAGACCAAAUAUGGGAACGCCAACGCCUGGCGGUACUGCACCAAAGUUUUUGAUAUGUUAACAGUUGCAGCUCUAAUGGACGAACAGAUCCUGUGCGUCCAUGGUGGCCUGUCUCCGGACAUCAAGACUCUGGACCAGAUUAGAACUAUUGAGCGGAACCAGGAGAUUCCCCACAAAGGAGCGUUCUGUGACCUGGUGUGGUCGGACCCUGAGGAUGUGGACACCUGGGCCAUCAGUCCCAGAGGAGCCGGGUGGCUUUUUGGUGCAAAGGUCACAAACGAGUUUGUUCACAUCAACAACCUGAAACUGAUCUGCCGGGCUCAUCAGCUGGUCCACGAAGGCUACAAGUUCAUGUUCGAUGAGAAGCUUGUCACGGUGUGGUCGGCUCCUAACUACUGCUACCGCUGUGGCAACAUUGCCUCCAUCAUGGUCUUUAAAGAUGCUAGCACACGGGAGCCGAAGCUCUUCAGGGCGGUGCCGGACUCUGAAAGAGUCAUACCUCCCCGAACUACAACACCUUACUUCCUGUGAACCUCCACGGCUACAGACGCUUUGACACGUCUGACUUCUUGUAAAUUACAUUUAGUGUCUUUAUGGUGGAUUUCUUGGUGCCAGCUGUCUGUUUUAACUCUCGCCCGUGUAUUUGGCGCCAUCAUUCAGCAGCUUAAAUCCGGCUGAGAUGUUACAGCGAAGGAAGGAGCGCUCCGCUGGACUCAGAUCCUCUGAUCCUUGUAAAGUGUUCAUAUUUAUAAACCUCCAUCCUCCUUCAGGGUAAAGAUCACUGCUAAGCAGGUUGCACUUGCAGUAUUGUAUAGAUUGUUCCUUUUUAUUUUGUUAUGGUGAUAUAGUCAGCUGAAUGUAAGAUAAAUGCACUGCACAAAUAAAAAUGUAUAUUGUCCUCA